AUGACAAAAGAACUGGGAUUAAAAUCGUACAAGCGAAUACGGACUUCGAGAAGGGAUGAAACGGUUCGACAGAAAGGAAAAACGCGCUGCACAAACCUUGAUAAGUUUUCGAAGGAGAAGGUGAAGAAAAUUGGCUUCACGGAUGAAAAAAACUUUCCAUCUGAGAUUGCACACAAUAGACAGAACGGUCGUGUCUAUGACAAACGAAAGCGGGACAUUCACGUUAAGAGGCUGUACCAUGAAUCAAGUCAGUUUACAAAGAAGUUCAUGGUUUUUGGCGGAGUUUGUUGGCGCGGGAAAACCCGCAUACAUUUUAUUGAUACCGAAAAGACUAAGGUGAAUUCCGAAAAUUUCUUGAAACUUCUCGAUCGUGACCUUCUCCCUGAUUUUCACCAGUUUUACCCAGAAAAUGACUUUGUCUUCCAGCAAAAAAGCGCACCAUCUCGUGCCAGCCCUGCAACACAGCAGCAUCUUGAGGAAGUGACUCCUUCAUUCAUAACUAAGGACGAGUGGCCACCGCAGAACCCCGACUGCAAUCCCAUGGACUGCUCUGUGUGGAGUUCUCUGAGCGAGAAGGUUUAUGAGGGUCGCACGGGGAAAAACUCACUGAGGAUGAAAUAA